CUGUGUGUGUGUAUGAGUCCAACAGAGAGAUUGUCAAAGGCAGUAUUGGUUCAGCCCCGGAAACAGGAAUAUUUUAUAUCUGACUCUCUCUGGGUUGAGUUAUUCUUUUCUUCUCUCUCGGUUCCCGAUUGUUAGAAGGGGAAUAAUAAAACAGGCAGCGAGAGAGAGAGAGGAGGGAGGAUGUUGUGUUGGGGGGAGUUGGGCUCAGCGAGCGGACAGAAUCCUUGCUCUCAGUCAGAGGAGAUUCUCAAAGGAGAGAGGGUUCAUCAUGUUUGCAGCCGGGAAGGAGUCACUGUGUUUGUGUUGAAAAACGGAAAAGUUUACACCAAAGCCCGCGGACGGAAGCGAAAAUCAAAAUCGGGAAGUUUUGUUCACUUCAAAGAGCAGAAAAUCCACUUUGCCGACAGUGGGUCAUCCCACAUCCUGUUCCUUUCCAAGACCGGAAGUCUUUAUUAUAGUGAAGUAAACUCAAAGCAACUUGAAGCUCAGGCAAAGGAGUUCUCCAUACUGAAACCACAGUUACUUAAGGGUUUGAAUGACAGAAAUGUCAUUCAAGUGGCCUGUGGAAACAAUCACUCACUGGCAUUGACCAAAGACGGUCAACUCUUUGCCUGGGGACAGAACACUUAUGGCCAGCUCGGUCUUGGUACAACAGAUGCCUCCCAGCACAAUCAUCAGCGUGUGAUAUCCCUCAUUGGGAUGCCAGUGGCACAGAUCACUGCAGGAGGAGAACACAGCUUCGCCCUGUCUCUCUCUGGGGCGGUGUUUGGAUGGGGAAGAAAUAAUCACGGACAGCUGGGACUCAAGGACACAGAGGAUAGACAUAAGCCUAGCCACGUAAAGCUGUUGGAUUGUAAGAAGGUUGUCCAUGUCGCUUGUGGAGAAGAGCACACUGCUGUUCUGACAAAGGAUGGGCUUGUUUUCACCUUUGGAGCGGGGUGUUAUGGGCAACUUGGACACAACUCUACAGAGGAUGAGACUAAACCUCAUCUGGUCGGUUACCAGAUAUUUGGAAAGAAAGUUUCUCAAAUAGCUUGUGGAAGUUACCACACACUUGUCUUCGUUCAAUCAUCUGGGAAGAUCUAUUCCUUUGGUCGUGGAGACAAAGGGCAACUUGGAAAUAGAGAAACCAAAGAUCAGCUAGUGCCUCUUCUCGUCAACAUAAUGGAUAUAGUCAACAAGAAUGGAAAUGGAAAUGAUCAUGAAACAAAGUCAGUUGUGAGAAGAAUAUUUGCAGGAGGAAACCAAAGCUUUGCAGAGUGUGAUCGUGCAGUGGAUUUGGUGUCCUCUACUGACCAAUCUGCCCUCUCCACACUCAGUGCUUUCAGGCGAAUCAUGACAGUGGACAAUUUACUGGAGCAGGAAUUGAACAAAAACAAGAGAAAGGCAAUCGUUCGGGCAUUUUCUUCUCCUCAAGUUCUGUGUGGAAGUUUCCUGGAUGUCAGCAAGAAUGGCCAUUUCAAAACGAACGGAGAGACGUCUGGCCUGGAUUUGUCUGCAGUAUAUCAGGGCUUCAUGAAUUUGGCAAAAAACUCCUUAACUUUGCAGGUGAAGAAUGCAGUUGAGAAUAACCUGAUCCCAUCGUUACCUCGAUCUCCGACUUGUGUGGAAACAUUGCGAGUUUACAUUAUAAUACCAGAACUUGUUGCUGUUCUAGGAGAGUCAGGGUACUCAGCAAUGCUGCUGGAAUCUUUAAACAGAUCCAUUCUCUCACUUGAAGAAAGUUAUUUUAAAAUUCUUGAAUGCUGGUGGUGUACAAUGCCUUAUAAUUUCUUCAUGCGCCUUGUGAGGAUGUAUCAGAAAGAAUCACAUCACCUUCUUCAACUCACAAUGAAAGGCACCUCACCAUGCAAUCCCCAACUACACAAUUCAUUGAAAAUCUUACAAACACUUUACAAGGUAAACUUGAACAGAGAUGCAAAGAUUCUUGAGGGAAAUUUCUACAUUCCUGUCAUGCAGGUGUUGAAGUGCUCUUUAACAUUAAUGAAUGGCUUUAAUGUUCCACAAAUUCACCUUCAAUCCUACUUCACAGCACUUCGCAUGGUUGCACAGCAAUUAAAGCCAUAUCCUUGCAUCUUUGAUUUGGAAACAAAACUUGCAUUAUUGAAUCUGGAAUGCAGAAUACUUCAAAAUAACCAGAUCUUUCAACCACUACAGCUCCAGAUUUCAAGGGCAUCAAUUUUUCAGGACGCGCUGCAAGGCUUAAAGACUCAAUCAGCUGCUUAUUUUACAACAAUUCAGGUCAGGUUUAAUGGUGAACCAUGUUAUGGCCAUGGGGUAUCUCAGGAGUUCUUCACCCUCUUUACUCAAGAACUGUAUAGCAAUGGACGGCUAUUCAAACCCAAGAAAUGUUCUAAGCUACUUUGGUUCCCUAAGUGGUUACAGGAACCAGAAAUGGAUGAAGCAUUUUAUUUGGUGGGAAUUCUCUGCCGAUUUGCUGUAUCCAAUGGUUUUAUUUGUAAUUUUCACUUCCCAUUGGCUUUGUACAAAAAGCUGCUCAAUGUGCCACCAACAUUGGACGAUCUGAAGGAACUUUCACCUACACUGGGAAAAUCAUUCCAGGAUAUCCUUGACUAUGAGUACGACGACAUUGAAGACAUAUAUUGUCAGAAUUUUACUAUAAACAAAAAAACAGCAGAUGGCAACAUAAUUCAGCAGGAACUCAUUCCUGAUGGUAGCAAUAUACCUCUUCAAAAGCAUAAUAGAAAACAGUAUGUUGAUGCUGUGGUGGAUUAUAAGCUAAACAUAUCAGUGAAGAAACAAUUUGAAGCCUUUUCUAGAGGUUUCAGGAGCAUAUAUUCACUGCCAAUUGUGGACACAUUCCUACCUGAAGAACUAAGGGAUGUUAUCCAGGGGAACACCAAAUACGAGUGGGAGUUGCUGGAACAGAAUGCAAAAUACUGCGAUUACCAACAAACUGACAGAGCAGUCAGGAAUUUUUGGAAAGUCUUUGCAAGCUUACCAGAAGAGAAGAAAAAGCGGUUUCUUGUCUUUCUGUCAGGAACUGACAGAAUCCCAGCAGGAGGGAUUCGGAAUUACUGUAUUACGAUUUUGAAAAGCCGGACCAAUGAACCAGAUUCCUCGUAUCCUCGUGCCUACACCUGUAGCAAGACCUUGGACCUCCCCAACUAUAGCAGCAUCAAAAUAUUGAGCGAAAAGUUACUUCAUGCAAUUGAAUUCAGUGAAAAAUUCAAUGCACAACCACCCUAAUAUUUGCAGCCGGGGUUUUUAUUUAUUUAAUCUGAGCGAAGUUGGCGAUUAACUAAAGAAAUCUGACUCAAUACAAUAAAUUGCAUUUGUUUCAUUACAGCACAGAAAGCAUCCAGUACUCAUAUGGUGUUGCUGUACUUUAAAUCUCCUCUACUCAAAUGAAAAAUAUAUAGACCAUAGAAUAUAUAGAAUACAUAGAAUAUAUAGAAUAUAUAUAGAAUAAUAUAUAACAAGACUAGCAUUUAUUUCCUAAUCCUAAUAUCCCUCGAGAGGGUAAUGGCGAGACAACAAAGUGACUUCAUCGGCUAUUUGAAAGGGCAGCUUAAGAGUCAAACACAUUUCCUUAAGUCUAGAGCCACAUAUAGUCAAGACCCCAUAAAGGCAGCAGCUAUUUCUGAAUCACAAUCAUAGUCCACUAGUUUCACUUUUUAUCUUAUAUGUAUUUAAUUGAAUUUAGAAUUCUAGCUACUAUGGUGAGAUUUGAAGGUAUGUCUCUCAAAUGCAAGCCUUUGGAUGACUGGACGCUUCAUGCAAUCACUAAGUUUUUGUACCAUAUAUUCAGUCAUGUGCUGUACCUAGCUGUAGGAAUGACGCUAAUACAGCAGAACUGGUACGAAGGCCGGGGAUGGGGUAUAUAUUACAUACAUGUUGAGGAAGGUUUUGUGACUGCUAGUGGUAUGACCAAUGUUUACAUUAAUCCUCAUUAACAAAAAUGGAUGUGAUAACACAAUAAGUGGAGCAAACAUAUAAUCUAUUCUGAGAAAUUGAAGGGUGGGUCCUGCAGUUAUUACAAAUUGUAUCAAACAGAACCAGUACAACAACAUGUCAGAUAAAAUAACAUUGAAUGAACACCAAAGAGAUUGGCCUUUUAUUGUAUCCUGCCCAGGCCAACAUCUGCACUCAAAAUGAGCUGCCAUCCCAUCAUUCUUCAUGUAACUCUUAUCAGCAUAAUUAUUUGAGGCUGCCUAUUUCAUGUGUUUAUCAACACCAGCACUAUGACCAUCAAUUAAUUACCAUCCAUAUUAUUUGUCUCAGGUUUGUAAAUAAUUAGUUUAUGGAAUUCGAGUGUUGCUUGUCAAGGCCAACACAUAUUGCUGAUCUCUAAUUUUCCUGGAGAAGGCGGCAGUCAGCUGUUUCUUGAACCCCGCAUUCCAUUUCAUGUAGGUACACCCAUAGUGCCUGCCAUUAGGACAGGAGUCCAUCACGUCUGGUAGAGAGUUCCAAAUUCUCACCACUAUCUGGGUGGAGAAGCUUCUUCUGAGUUCUAUUUGAUUUCUUGAUGACAAUUUUAUAUUGAUGGACUUUAGCAAUUUUUUCCACAAAUGGAAACAAUCUGUACUUCAUCAAAACCUUUCAACAUCAAAAAGGCAGGCAUCAGGCAUCAUCUUUCAAGAAAAACAGUCACAGCCUGUUCAACCUUUACCAUUGAAAGUAGGGUCACAUUUUUUGCACUCUCUUUAGCUCGUUUAUAUACUAUUUUUAUAAUGUGACAGUACUGUACAGAUUUGUGAUUCUUAAUUUUUAAUAUUUUAAUACCUGACCACUUUUUUCUCCCAGAAUGUAAUGUCUCAGUUAUCUGGUGUGAAACUCAUUGCCAAUGAUACUCUCAUUCUGUAACUUUAUUCUGCAUGCUGUUAAUUGUUCAUUUGAAACACAUUUUUACCAAAGUUAUUUGAAGAAUCUGGAACAAUGCAUUGUUGUUACUAAUGCAUUGUGGAAUGUAAUUCUUUUCAUGUGUAAACAGCUAUUCAUAAAUUUAUUGCAAGAAUUAUAAUUAAAAUAAAUGCUUUGUUGACUUUUAUUCUGUA